UGCUCCACUGCUCAGUUUAUUUGCACGCAGGGAAGUUGGUGGAUGUCAUGGAGAUGGAGCUGCUGAUGUGUGCUGUGCUGCUGGGUUUCAUGCUGACAGGAAACGAUGCACAGUCAGACGUCUGUGGUCAAGCUCCACUCAACACAAAGAUCGUGGGUGGGGAGAGUGCGUCUGCAGGGGCGUGGCCAUGGCAGGUGAGUCUGCACCGCUUUGGCAGUCACUUCUGUGGAGGUUCACUCAUCAACAGCCAGUGGAUCCUGACGGCUGCUCACUGUUUCUCCAGCACCAGCACCUUUGGUUUGCUCGUUUAUCUCGGACGUGAAUCCCAACAGGGUGUGAACUCUAACGAACAGUCUCGAUCAGUGUCAGAGGUCAUCAAUCAUCCAGACUACGAUACAAACACAAACGACAAUGACAUCUGUUUACUGAAACUGUCCUCCGCUGUGGACUUCACUGACUACAUCAGACCCGUGUGCCUGGCGGGGUCUGGUGCUGUUUUUCCUGCUGGUACCAGCUGCUGGGUCACCGGCUGGGGAACUAUCGGGAGUAGCGUUCCCCUUCCUUUCCCUGAGGAGCUGCAGGAGGUGCAAGUCCCCAUCGUGUCCAACACUCAGUGCAGAGAAACAUACUCUGAUCUCACCAGCAAUAUGAUCUGUGCCGGACUGAGUGAAGGAGGAAAGGACUCCUGCCAGGGUGACUCUGGCGGCCCCCUGGUCAGUCAAAGUGGCUCCCAGUGGGUUCAGUCUGGAGUGGUGAGUUUCGGGUUCGGCUGUGCUCUGCCAAACAUCCCCGGUGUCUACGCCCGUGUGUCCGAGUACCAGAGCUGGAUCAACAGCCAGAUCAGCAGCGACCAGCCGGGCUUUGUGGGCGGGACGAGUGGAAGUGCACACCACACCUCCCCGUCCCUGCUGCUGCUGCUGUCCUUCCCUCCUGUCCUCUUCACCACCUUUGUCCUCACCUAGAAAGACACACACUGACGUCAAAACAACAGCACAUGUUAAUCAACGGGGAGAAUGAAAUAGUGGAAUGAUUUUGUGGAUUUCUUUACUCCAAACUCUUGAAUUAUUAUUAUUAUUAUUACUCACAUUUGAUUUAAAGCCUUUAAAGAUCAAACUUCUCAGACUAAUGAUGGUGAAAUAUGAUUCAAAUUCACAAAAAUUAUCUUAUAUUAAAAAUCUGAAAAUAUGUUUUAAUUCUUAAAAUGAACCCAAUCAAAUAUAUUUAGUUGACCAUUAAU